AAAAAUAUUGGGGAUAUUUCAUUUUUAUAUCUUUUAAAAUCCAAAACCAAUUUGCUAUUAUCAGACAUCCUCAAAAUUGAAAAUAGAAUGUUUUUUAUUAGGUACUAUUACUAAUCGUGUAUUCAUACAAAUAAUUAUUUAUUAAUUUUGAAAAUGCCCUAUCCGUGAUCAGUUUCCUUCAGGCUUCAGGGAACAGAAUUUCAUUCAAAUUGCUUAGUACUGCCUCUAUUAGUUAUUAUUACUCUUAUUCUUUUGAAUCGUGCGCAUAUCAUAAAACUGUGACUACCGACCCUUUUCUCUGUCGUAAUUUGUAAAUAAACUUAUAAAUGUUUUAUUCAUAACAUCAAAUUUCAAAAAUUCAAAACGCAUUCAGAUCACUUCGGUUUACCCUCAUCCUGGCACCUGCGAGCCGUUGACAUUAAAUGUUGAUCGGUGGUCGCACUGUUUUAUGUGCGCGUGUAUCGUCGUCAGCUGCUGCAGGCUGCCCUAGAGUAAUUUUUUAGAUUUUGCGAGUCCGCGAUCGUCAAUUAUAGCUAUAACGAAUUAAGAUCCAUAAAGAAUAAUUAUUUUUUAAUUAUAAUAAUUCUUUAUAGAUCUUGAUGACGAACAUCAUUGACUAUUUUUAAAAUAUUGGAACCUGCGCAAUCGCAAUGCAAUAUUAAAAAAAUUAUACCCAUGAGGCAUGAAUGGCCAAUUAUAGAGCAAUCGACGUGAUAUGAUAUCACCAUUCGAUUCUAUAUUCUUGGCGAGACAGUAACCACAAUCACUGUCUAUUGAGCAAUAUUAUAACAUGCUAUACCGAACUCCGGUUAACCUUGCGUAACCAGAAUGGUUAGGAACUACGUUAUAAUCGUCAAACAAUCAUGGCGGCACGUACAUUCGUCUGACGUCGUUAACGUAACACAACACGAUUGUUGUCCUACUACUACUCGCGUCGUAGCGGUCAGCGAUUCAAUAACAUUUCUGAAGUUACUAACGCGUUUAGGCGGUACAUUUUAAAAAUUCAGCAUCAGUUCCGGGUCAUUGGCAAGUUGUACGUCCGAACUUCUUAAACACAAAGAAGGUAACCCACACAGGUUUUCAUGGAGAGCGUUGCGUGUCCACUUUGCUGCGAGGACAAGUUUUCCAAUCAAGACUUAUUGAAAUAUCAUUUAUUAAGUUUAACUACAAAUAUUCAGUGCCCUUUCUGUGGAAAACAGUGUGAUGAUAUUACUUCAUUGGUCGCGCAUUUGGAUAAAAUUUGCACAGAUAAGGAAGAUGAAGCUGAGAAAUCCAUGCAGGAUAACAAUGAAAUGAUCGUCGUAUAUCCAGAUGAUGACGAACCAGAACCAGAUAAUGAAGUUGGAGAUUUUGAUAAUCUUGUGGGAGAAGAAGAUUACCAGAAUGAUGAACGGCAAAUUGAUACUGAUACUGAAACUGGAGUUAAGAAAUUUAUUGAAGAAUUUACAAUUGAUGAUCCGACGAAAACAUUGCGUCCAUCAGACUUAAUAGAAACAGAAAUUAUUGAAGAACCACAUCUUUAUCACUGUUCUGAAUGUAAUAUAAAUUUUCCAUCAAUUCAGGAACAUAUAAAUAAAUGUCACAGAGAUCAAGAAGUUGUGUUUCAGGUAAAUGAAAAUGAAAAUCUCAAUAAUGCAUUAAAAGAUAUUCCGGGUACCAUUAACGAACAAAAUCCUGAGAUGGGAAAUUGGAUUAAAUGGGGAAAUGGCUACUUUUUUACAAACCAUAAAGAUGUGGCAAUGAAGCAUUUGGUUAAUAUUAAAUCAGAAGUAAUAAAAGAUGAAGAUAAAAAAAUUAAAAGUGAUGUAUAUCAAAAUAACACAGGCAAGUUUUCUUCUAAUGUUUAUUCAAAUCAUUGCAUCACGGAUUCAUAUGGUGAUCGGUAUUUUGAUGUUCCCGUUUAUUUACUUCAUCAAGUAGCUAUAGCUGAUAAAGUUAAUGAUUAUUUCCAAGUUGAAGCCCGCAAAUUAAGUUUCAAGAAACGAAUCCGUGUUGUGCGAUUAAAAUCCAAUAUUAAUCAAUUCGAUAUUGAGCAAAUAUUAUUUCAAAAUAAACCAACUAAUUGCAACAUUAUUCCAAUAUUAGAAAAAUCAUCUGAAUGUAAUGAAUACUCUCAGUUAGAAAACUUAGAAAAUUGUUUAUUGUUAACUUGGAAGUGUAUAGCAUGUAAUAUAAAAUCUGACCAUUGGUCCAAGUUAAACAAACAUAACUGUAUAGAAGAUGAUGCAAUGACAUCUAAGUCUAAAAAAAAUGUUGAUAACAAAAAUCCAGCCAUUCGAAAUAAUAAUCGCACAGUUCCUAAUGUCCGAUCAAAACAUAUUUGUCCACAUUGUGGUGGAGAAUUUGAUUCAGAAGGUUAUUUAAGAACACAUCUUAUGGUACAUAUAAAUGAUUCAAAUAAAUGUCCAUUUUGUGAUCAACCAGUAGCACCUGAAAUGAUGGACACACAUUUAAUUGCUCAUCAAAAUCCUGAAUUUUCUAAUCUAAAGUUUUUAUGCAAUGUAUGUAAUAAAUGUUAUGAUUCGGAAUUUCGUCUACGGUGUCAUCAAAGAGCACAUGAAAUGCGACGUAAACCACGUGAAAUAUUAGUUUGUGAUGUUUGCAAUGCUCAGUUUAAUGAUAAAAACUCUUUGAAACAUCAUGCCAUCACACAUAUUGAACCUCCUGAACGUUUACGCCGAUUACACGAAUGUCGUUUCUGUGGAAAGACUUUUGUUAAACCUAUUGAGAAAGUUAAUCAUGAAAGAGUGCAUACUGGUGAAAAACCUUUUGCCUGUCCAGUAUGUGGUCGUUGUUUCAGACUUAAGGAUCUCGUACAGAAACAUAUGCGUGUACAUACCAAAGAACGCCCUUACAAAUGCCGCCAUGAAGGUUGUGAUAAAACAUUCAGUGCAUCAAGUAGUAGAGUAAAUCAUGAACAAGGCCAUUCCGGUAUCAAGCAAUUUAAAUGUUUUUAUUGUCCUAGAUAUUUUAAAAAUUGGGUGUCAAGAAGUAACCAUGUCCAAGAGCAUAUGGUUCAGCACAAAUGUGACAUUUGUGAUCGUUCUUUUGUAUCAUUUUGUAAUUAUAAGAAACAUUUGAAAAUGCAUGCAGAAGGACGGCUCAAAUUUAGUUGUGUACUAUGCCGUCAAGCAUUUGGAAGACAACUGUUUUUAGAUAAUCAUCUAAGUAAAGAACAUGAAAUGAAAUCAAAUAAAGAAGAAGACAACUGAAUAAUUUUUAAUUUUCUAGGAAAAAUAUUAUAAAAUUCUAGUGAAAAUAAUUAAAUAUAAUUUGUUGAAUAAGCUUGAUUGGCAAGUAUAAAAAUAUAAAUAAUUUAUUAAUUAAAACGAAAUAAUUAUUACAAGAUUUGUACAAUAAUAAAUUUGUUUAAACUAA